AUGUAUGUUUUCUGGACUGUUUUCCUAGCAUGUCUAGUAGUACUUUUAUUCACACGGUGGCGGAAGACCACGAGAAAUGCUACCCUUCCCCCGGGACCUCCCACAGUCCCAUUCAUUGGGAAUCUUCUAAGUGUGAGUCCGGGCACGUUGUUGGAGACGUUCAUGGAGUAUAGGCAGAAGUACGGAGACGUUUUCAGUCUAAUCACUGGUUCGAGGAUCCUUGUUGUCGUCAGCGGACAUGAUACCCUAAGGGAUAUAUUCAUAAAGCAUGGAGAUGUCGUAUCCGAGAGACCAGAUACUUUUUUUACAAGAGAAAUCGGGAAAUUCAAAGGUGUGGUAAGUUCUUCUGGAGAACUCUGGAAAGAACACAGAACAUUUACUUUAAAUGCACUGAGAGAAUUCGGGUUUGGAAAAAGAAGCCUGGAGUCUAGAAUUGUUGAGGAAAUAGAAGUAUUUGUUAAAGAAAUCCAAUCUAAAGAUGGAACACCGUUCAACAUGCCUGACCUGCUACAUGUCUGUAUCGCCAAUAUCAUAUGUUCCAUCAACUUUGGCCAGCGCUAUGACCAUAAUGAUAAAAAAUUUCAGUCUCUAUUGAAUCAGAUGAAUCAAAAUCUGAGCAACGAAAAUAUAAUGUUUGUUGCGACAAUAUUACCUUUCUUCAAAUACAUUCCUGGCGAUCCAUUUCGGAUAAAGGAAGCAAUUUCCAAUGCAACUAGUUUGGAGGAUCAUCUUCGGAAAAUCAUUGAGGAGCACGAGGAAGCUUAUGAUGAAAAUAAUCUCAGAGAUUUUGUUGAUGUUUACCUGAAAAAGAUGAAAUCCGAGAAAGGCAAUCCAAACACAACCUAUGAUGAGUUACAAUUAUUGAUGAUUGUAAAUGAAUUAUUUAUCGCUGGAACUGAAACUACAUCAACCGCUCUCCGAUGGUUUUCCCUAUUUAUGAUUAGGAAUACGGAUGUGCAAGAUAAAAUGCGCAAAGAGAUUAAUGAUGUCAUUGGUUUUUCACGUUUUCCUAGAAUGGAAGACAAACCAAAUCUUCCAUACUGUGAAGCAGCCAUACACGAGGUUCUCCGAAAAGGAACGGUUCUUCCAAUAGCUUUACCCCAUGGACUAACGGAUGAUCUUCAAUAUAAAGGUUUCACAAUUCCAAAAGACACUCUUCUCAUUCCGAAUUUGCAUUCCGUCUCCUUUGACAAGGAUAUUUUCCCUGAUCCACAUGCUUUUCACCCAGAACGAUUUUUGGAUGAGAAAGGAAACCUUCACAAUAGGGAGAAAGUUCUAACAUUUUCACUCGGUUGAGGCCUCUAAUGGUGGACUGUUAGUUCCCGAUGAUCUCUACAGCCCAGUAGCUAAGUACUUCGUUACUAGCUUGAAAAUACGGAUGUAUAUUUAAUUGCUGUUAUAAAAUUUAGAAAUUCAUUUCAAAAUUAAGGAUUAUCUCCCUCACAUAUAGCUCUUAUCCUUAGACGAAUUUUGACUCCACUUUCUUUUCUUUUCUUUUUUUUUUUUUUUUUUUUUUGGUACUCUGUAUUUCCCUAAAUAGCUCUAAAACUUCAUUGUUAUUUCGGAUUUGAAACAUUUCGGUUGAGCAUCACUGAAGAGACAUUAUUUGUCGAAAUUCGCAUCUGGUGCAUUAAAAUUGGUACCGUAUAAGUUUUACAUUGUGAGCAUCAAUGUCCUGUUCGAUACAUUUUAUAUCACUGGAUUAAGAUACCAGUAUUUUGUUGUCAUCGUUGAAUUAAGGUAUGAAACCCCAAGGUUAUUAUCUGGACACGAUUGUGUCUCCUAUUUAAUUUGAACUUUAAUAAGGUCCAAGGAUGACCCUUCAUUCUGAGGUUAAAGAUCACCGCUACAAAUACAUGUAUUUCCUACCCAUUAUACAUGCAUAUGGUUACAGCUCUAGCAAUGAGACUUAUAAUAAAAUAUUCACAUGUUGAAAUUUUUUUCAAAAAAUGUGUUUUAGGGUAUUUUUUAUUUCAACCUAGAAUAUUAAAUUUCUGUUAGAAACACACGACUAUUGUCCACGUAUUAAAAUCCUUUUAUUGGGAGGUUGUGAGUAAGAGUCCAGUUGUGUCAAGGCAAUGUCAAACCUAAGACGUAAAUAAAGGAGAUCGCUCAUUUACAAAAUAAUCGGUAUCUAGACGUGAGAGUCAUGGAUCUAUCGGACAAGAUCUUGAAAUGGAGGUCCUGUAAUGCACCAGGUGUUUUAAAAUAAACUCACUGGUAUGACCGUCCAUCUAAGUAAAAUAUUCUUGUAGGGACAUAGAAAGAUAAAUGGGCAUGCCAGAGGUUGGCACAGGUACCUAGCAGGAGUAAAUAACUCCUGUAUCUUCAAAGAUUUCUCUGACAGAAAAUGCAUCUUACUCAGUAUAAUUUGUUCCAGGUCGACGAGUGUGUCUGGGUGAGACUUUGGCGAGGAUGGAAUUGUUCCUGUUUGCCACUUCCAUGAUACAGAGAUUCCAGAUUUUACCAACUGAUCCAGAUCAUCUACCAUCUGAGAAAGGUCAUUUUGGAAUUACUUACGCGCCGAAAUCUUUCAGUUUAAGAGCUGUAAGUGUUUAGAGUACAUGUAGCACGUACCCUUUGUUCACCCUGACUAUUAUCAUGUUGAAAAACAAGUCUGGAUUGUCAUUGAAUCUAAUUUGUUUAUUACUAGGCGCACUUGUAUAGCGAUACGGAUUCAUUUCACAAACAGUUGUUGUUAUGUAGUUUAUGUAUGACUAACAGGAAUAAAGUGAUCAUAAUCUGA